GUUAGUUCCGGUCGCAGAGGAGACGCCGCCGCAGUUGCUGCCACCUCGGGGAUUUCUGGCUCUUUUCUCUUCGCCUUAAAUUCGGGUGUCUUUUAUGAAUAAUCAAAAGCAGCAAAAGCCAACGCUAUCAGGCCAGCGUUUUAAAACCAGAAAAAGAGAUGAAAAAGAGAGGUUUGACCCUACCCAGUUUCAAGACUGUAUUAUUCAAGGCUUAACUGAAACUGGUACUGAUUUGGAAGCAGUAGCAAAGUUUCUUGAUGCUUCUGGAGCAAAACUUGAUUACCGCCGAUAUGCAGAAACACUCUUUGACAUCCUGGUGGCUGGUGGAAUGCUGGCCCCAGGUGGUACACUGGCAGAUGACAUGAUGCGUACAGAUGUCUGUGUGUUUGCAGCACAAGAAGACCUAGAGACCAUGCAAGCAUUUGCACAGGUUUUUAACAAGUUAAUCAGGCGCUACAAAUACCUGGAGAAAGGUUUUGAAGAUGAAGUUAAAAAGCUGCUGCUGUUCUUAAAGGGCUUUUCAGAGUCAGAAAGGAACAAGUUGGCUAUGUUAACUGGUGUUCUUCUGGCUAACGGAACACUCAACGCAUCUAUUCUCAAUAGCCUUUACAAUGAGAAUUUGGUUAAAGAAGGGGUUUCAGCAGCUUUUGCUGUAAAGCUCUUUAAAUCAUGGAUAAAUGAAAAAGAUAUCAAUGCAGUAGCUGCAAGUCUUCGGAAAGUCAGCAUGGAUAACAGACUGAUGGAACUUUUUCCUGCCAAUAAACAAAGCGUUGAACAUUUCACAAAGUAUUUCACUGAGGCAGGGUUGAAAGAGCUUUCAGAAUAUGUUCGAAACCAGCAAACCAUAGGAGCUCGUAAGGAACUCCAGAAGGAACUUCAAGAACAGAUGUCCCGUGGUGAUCCAUUUAAGGAUAUAAUUUUGUAUGUCAAGGAGGAGAUGAAAAAAAACAACAUCCCAGAACCUGUUGUCAUCGGAAUAGUCUGGUCCAGUGUAAUGAGCACUGUGGAAUGGAACAAAAAAGAGGAGCUUGUAGCAGAGCAAGCCAUCAAGCACUUGAAGCAAUACAGCCCUCUGCUUGCUGCCUUCACUACUCAAGGCCAGUCUGAGCUGACUCUGUUACUGAAGAUUCAGGAGUACUGCUAUGACAACAUUCACUUCAUGAAAGCCUUCCAGAAAAUAGUGGUGCUUUUUUACAAAGCUGAAGUCCUGAGUGAAGAGCCCAUUCUGAAGUGGUAUAAAGAUGCUCAUGUUGCAAAGGGCAAAAGUGUCUUCCUUGAGCAGAUGAAGAAGUUUGUAGAGUGGCUCAAAAAUGCCGAAGAAGAAUCUGAGUCUGAAGCUGAAGAAGGUGACUGAAUUUUGAAACUACACCCUCUAGUAAAGCAAACAGGAGUUGUAGAUAAGUGUCGUGUCUCAUGUGUCCUGGUUCUUACAUCUUCCUACCUCCCUGUAUCAAGCAUGAUAUAAGGGCUUUCAUGGCAAAUUUUAUUUUAACUAUUUCUAUGGUUACUGGAAAUGUUGGGUUUAGUUUCUAAAACCAUGUUUUAAGUAGCUACAGGAGCUAUAGAUUUGAAUCUAAUGUUGCAUUAGUCUUUUCAGUUACCUUCUACCUCCUGUAUUUUCUACUGUAAUAAUGUAAUUUAAGGCCUUCCACAAUGAACAAUUCACUUUAUUCCCUGGGUUUUCUAUAUAAACAGUUUUCAAAAUAUGAUUUGGUUAAAAAUAAUUUGUUAUAUAAAUUCUGUUUGCAAAUUAAACUGUAAAAGUAUCCAAAGUCUCAAAAGGAAAUGAUUUGUGUGAUAAUUUGGUAUGCCCAAAGCCCUACUCAUCAAUGAAAAAAUCUCAUGUACAAUAAUUGAAUUCAGUUACACGAAAUCUUGAGUAUUUGGACCAUUACUUGCAUGUUAAUAUUUUCUUGCAUUUUUUUUUUUUAACUUCAGCUGUCAUUGAGCUUAACUGUUUGUACUUUGGUUUUCAUUCCUCAGUGAAGCCCUGGAGGGUAAGCUUGAAAGUGAGGUCUUUGGGCAAUCUCAUGUGGCACAGGUGAUGGGAAGAACUUAGGCAUUCAGUUUGUAUCUUUCUGGGCAAAACAAAUGGGUAUUCUUUUCAUACACAUUUUCAAAUGUACCUUAGAAAGGUCUUGUCAUUUAAAUUGUCUUACUCUUGUCCUACACAUAAAUUGAUAGGAAGAGAUUCAAAGUAGUAUGAAUAAAGGAAAUGAAUGUACUAGACCCAGUAAAAAUUGUUGGAAAUAUGAAGUGGUUAUUAGAAUGUUCUAAUUGGGAUUCUCAAUAUAAUUUGCUUUUUAUAUUGACUUAGAGUAUUUGUUGUAAAGAAUGAAGUGCAGUGAUGAUACAUUUCUACUUGGUCAUACCGGACUAACUUCAUUCUCAACACACUCAGUAAUGUUAAUGUUGCCAUUUUUUUAGUUGCCAUGAGCCAAAUAUUCUAUACAAUUGAUCCAUUUAUUUUAACGGCUGCCUUUUAAUUUCCAUCUUUUUUUUCUUGCUGCUACCCAUCUGCGUAUGUAGUCAUUAGAAAUGUAGCCACACUUUUUGGGGGAAAGACUUCAUGUUAAUGUUAACAGUGAACAUUUGGAAGUUUUUUUAAUUAGUGAAAGAAACUAGCUUGUAAUAAUGCCACCACAGGCUUAGUGGAAAUUACCCCUUUCAAAGGUGCCAUUUUUAUAAGCCAGGAUUUUUGGUGUUUAAAAGUUCAUGUAGAGGGAAUAACGUGUAAUUUAAUUUGAAAUAAAAAUUUAGUAACCUUAUGAAGAAGAGCAUUUUAACUGAUACCAUUGUGAAUGGGGUGAGAUUGUUAAUGAAUAACUUUGAUAAAGUUUUGGUGCACAAGCAAAAUGUAUUGACUAGGUUUCUACGUAGUGAUCCGCUUUUACUUUGUAACUUGUAGUCUUCAAAAGACUUUUUUUUUUUUUU